AUGGGUAUUCAGGGUCUUCUUCCUCAGUUAAAACCCAUUCAGAAUCCAGUAUCACUACGUAGAUAUGAAGGAGAAGUGUUAGCUAUUGAUGGUUAUGCAUGGCUACAUAGAGCUGCUUGCUCUUGCGCUUAUGAACUUGCAACGGGAAAACCAACUGACAAGUACCUGCAAUUUUUCAUAAAACGAUUUAGUUUAUUGAAAACCUUUAAAGUGGAACCAUAUUUGGUCUUCGAUGGUGAUGCCAUUCCAGUCAAAAAGUCUACCGAAUCUAAAAGAAAAGAUAAGAGACAAGAAAACAAAGCCAUAGCUGAAAGAUUAUGGGCCUGCGGAGAAAAGAAAAAUGCUAUGGACUAUUUUCAAAAAUGUGUCGACAUAACGCCUGAAAUGGCAAAAUGCAUCAUAUGUUACUGUAAGCUUAAUGGUAUUCGCUAUAUCGUGGCUCCGUUCGAGGCAGACUCUCAAAUGGUAUAUUUAGAACAAAAAAACAUUGUGCAAGGAAUAAUUUCUGAGGACUCUGACCUCCUCGUCUUCGGAUGUCGACGUCUCAUUACCAAGCUGAACGAUUAUGGAGAAUGUUUAGAAAUAUGCCGCGACAACUUUAUCAAACUCCCUAAAAAGUUUCCGUUGGGAUUAUUAACCAAUGAGGAAAUCAUAACAAUGGUUUGUUUAUCUGGCUGUGAUUAUACAAAUGGAAUUCCAAAGGUUGGCUUGAUUACUGCGAUGAAAUUAGUUAGAAGAUUCAAUACUAUUGAAAGGAUAAUUCUGAGUAUGCAGCGGGAGGGAAAGCUAAUAAUCCCAGAGACAUACAUUAACGAAUACGAAGCCGCAGUUUUAGCAUUUAAAUUUCAAAGAGUAUUUUGUCCUAUUCGGAAGAAAAUAGUCAGCUUGAAUGAAAUUCCGCUGUACUUGAAAGAUACCGAAAGCAAAAGAAAAAAGCUCUACGAGUGCAUUGGCCUUGUCAUACAUAGAGAAGCUCAAAAGAAGCAAAUUGUGCAUUUUGAUGACGAUAUAGAUCACCACCUGCAUUUGAAAAUUGCUCAAGGGGACUUGAACCCAUAUGAUUUCCACCAACCUCUAGCUAACAGAGAGCACAAAUUACAGCUAGCAUCCAAAUCAAAUCUAGAAUUCCGAAAAACCAAUACUAGCAGCUCAGAAGUCAAAAUCAAACCAAUAGAAUCAUUCUUCCAGAAAAUGACAAAGUCGGAUCAUACCCCUAAAGUUGCAAAUAACAUCCAUAGUUUAAGACAAGUGGAAGACAAACUAACAAAGGCAAUUAAACGUAGGAAAUUAAGUAAUGCUAAUGCAGUCCAAGAAACUUUAAAGGAUACAAAAAGCAAGUUUUUUAAUAAACCGUCCGUGGCUAUUGUGGAAGACUUCAACGAAAAGCCCAACUACUCAGAAAAAUUUAAAGAGGACACAAACUCACAAUCGUUGGCAGAAUCUAUUUCCGAAUCUCAGCUAUCUACACAAAUACCUAGUUCAUUUGUUACAACCAAUCUAGAAGAUGAUGAUAACCUCAGUGAAGAGGUUUCUGAAGUUGUCAGUGACAUUGAAGAAGACCGAGAAAAUUUCGACAAAAAGACUAUCCGUAAUGAAAUUCGUAGUACAGACGAUGACGAUGAUGGUGAUACUAGCGAGGAUUAUAGCGAAACUGCUGAACAAAUGAUUCCUACAAGCAGUACUAGCUCAUUACCUGAGUCGUCCCAGAGAAGUAUAUCGGGAUGCACAAAGGUUUUACAAAGGUUUAGAUAUUCAUCGUCAUUCAGUGGGGUCAAUGCUAACAGACAACCAUUAUUUCCUCGGCAUGUCAAUCAAAAAAGUAAAGGAAUGGUAUAUGUCAAUCAAAAUAAAGAUGAUGAUUAUGACAAUAACGAUGAUAAAAACCAAGUCGUGCAAAGACCAUCACUACGAAAAAGCAUUACUGGUGCCAAGUCACAAAGAAUUGUCAUUAGCAUGAAAAGCGUAGAUGAACAAAAAUCAUUCAAUUCAUCACCCGUUUUGCAUAAGGAGAGUAAGAAAAGAGACGUUGAAACCACUAGAUCAAGCCAAGCUAGGCCGGCAGUUAGAUCCAUCUCCUUGCUUUCCCAAUUUGUUUAUAAAGGUAAAUAA